AUGGCUUCCGAUCUAGAUACCCUAAUUGAGAUGGGCUUUGAGCGGGCUCGAGCUGAGCUUGCCGUCAAAAAGUCCGGAGGACUGCAGGGAGCCCUACAGUGGCUAGAAGACAACCAGGACAAGUCCUUGGAGGAGAUUCAAGCUGCUCAGGCAGCGGCUCAGGACGACGACGAAGACGAAGAUGAGACCAAAGCAAAGAUUGCCGAGCUGGAAACGGGCGAGAGUGCCAAGUCACUUAUCUGCAACGAGUGCGGGAAGCGGUUUAGGAACCACGACCUGGCUAGUUAUCAUGCCACCAAGACUGAGCACACAGACUUCUCCGAGUCAACAGAGGAAAUUGCUCCUUUGACCGAGGAGGAGAAAAAAGCGAAGCUUGCGGAGCUGAGGGAACGACUCAAGGCGAAGAAGGCUUCUCAGGCAGACCAGGACAAGGAGGAUGCAAAGCGUAACGAGAAAAUAAGACAAAAAUCUACAAAGGAAACUCAGGAGGCCAAGGAGGAGCUUGCGCGCAAGGAACAGAUCAAGGAGGCUAUGCAGAAGCGCAAAGAGAAGAUUGAAGAAGCUGAAGCCAAGAAGCGCAUCAAGGCCAAGAUCGAAGAGGACAGAGCCGAACGUCGCCGCAAAGCCGAGGAAGCAAAGGCCGCUCGUGAAGGCAGAGCUCCUGAGGUUGCAACCUCAUCUUCCGCUGCUCCUGCUGCUGCGGCCGCGCCACGACCCAAGGCAGACCACACAGAGGCGAAGCUGAAGCUACAGACUGACUCAGGGAACAUUAUGAAGACGCUGCCGGCAGAGACGACGCUGUUUGAGCUUGCGCAGCAGCUGCAGAGUGAAACUGGCAAGCCAGUGACGACAUUUACGACAACGUUUCCCAGGAAGACGUUUGAGGGAGAUGUGGACAUGUCCAAGACGCUCAAGGAAGCGGGUCUUGUGCCUUCAUCUGUGCUCAUUGUAAAAUAGAUUACUGUCAUCUUCCGGAUUAUCAUUGCAAGGCAUGAGAAGGGAUACAAGGCUGCGGCGAUGAAACAAGCCGGCCUUGGGCGCAAUCUGGUUCUAAUCUCAAGCCAAGGGAAACACUUUCGAGAGCUUUGUCAUUAGAUGAACAUAGCGUCCAUCAUUACGGGGGCACAAUCUCAAGCAGCUCAGGGCACCGUUGGUGCAUUUUCACAGCAUAUAAGCGACGCAUGUGUGCAAAGGUGAAAAUUGUC